AUGCGGUCCCUUACCCUUGGGUGGUUGGCCAUCUCAUCGCUACAAAUCAGCGCCCAAGCUCAAGACUUUCGCAGCAAUUGCGAUGAGAGCUGCGAAGCUGCGUACCGUUCUUCACUCGCUAUCGAGACCAGAAGCUGGGUCAACGUAGACGUCAACGUUGAUCCCUUCUAUACCAAUCCCGCGAACCUCUCAGACUACGCCGUCGGUGACUUGAUCAAAUGGCAAGACCUCACGGGCACCCAGGCCGCUAAGAUAUGGACUGUCCCCGCCGGCAUGUCCCUCUCUCGCUUCUUCUACAUGAGCGAAGACAUCGACGGCAAGCCUCUGCCCGCUACCGCCUUCGCCCUGCUUCCAUGGUCGAACCCCCAAGGCAAGGACAAGCCGCUCCGUACCAUCGUAUGGGCCCACGGAACCGCGGGAUACAGUCGUGAGUGUGCGCCAACCAAUCAUAGAGGACUCUACUACGAGUGGGAGGCGCCCUUCAUCCUCGCUCAAGCAGGAUAUGCCGUCAUCGCACCCGACUAUGCUGGCCAGGGCAGUGAUAUCCCCCAGGGAUUCAUGUACGAGUCGGGAGCACUGCACGCUGCCGACGUUGGCCAUGGCCUCCAGGCAGCUCGCAAAGCCCUUGGCGAGCGACUGUCCAAGGAAUGGGUCGUCGUUGGACACAGCGAGGGUGGCUUGACAGCGUGGCGCACCAACGAGAGGGAGGCAAAGGCCGAGAUGACGACCGGCGGACUCAUUGGUGUCGUUUCGGUCGCACCUGCACUCCGGCCAUUGUCUCUCAUUCCUGAAUCCUUCCGCCGCGCGAACGGAGGCCCCGUGGGAGAUGUAGUGUCUGUCUACUUUCUUCAAUCUCUUUCAAAGCUCUUGAAGACGAUCCGGAUAGAAGACUACGUCAGCGACAUUGUUGCCAGCCGUAUUCCGCUGUCGAAUCAGGGAUGUCUCAAGACCGGCGGGACCAUCUACGGCAGCUUGACUGAGACCCAGCUAUACAAAAACACCAGCUGGCUGACACACCCUGACGUCCUUGACUGGCAAGAACGCUUCAAUGGAGCCGGUGUACACCAGUGGGCAGCCCCUAUGUUGGUUGUCCAAGGCACCAAAGACAUACUUACCUACGCCGAGACCAUGGAGGAGGACUUCGAUGCAACCUGCAAGGCCUUCCCCGAGUCGCCCGCCGAGCUACUUUUGUAUCCCGAGCUUGGUCACGACCAGGCUUUCCAGGCGUCGCAUGUCGAUUAUCUGGCGUGGGUUGCGGACCGAUUCAACAACGUCUCCGUUACCUCUGGUUGCAGCAAGAGGACCAUUGAGCCUGCGACAAACCACCCCUCGCUCAUCCACCAGACUUGGGAGGGAUCCCCUCAGUAA